AUGUACAAUCCGUACCAGCAGGGAGGCUACCAACAGGGAUACGGCUAUCAACAGCAGUAUAAUCAGGGUUAUCCUGUCCAACCUCAAUCGACGGGUUUUUACCCGCAAAAUGGACAAAGUGCCCAAGGACUUCCACCUCAGCAACCUGGCCUAUUCCAGGGCCAGCAGACAGGGUUUCAGCCGCAGUUUCAACAGGCGGGCUUCCAAAAUCCUCAGCAAACUGGAUUCCAGAACCAGCAGCAAACUCAACCCCAGCAAUUCCAGCCUCAACAAACUGGGUAUGGAUUCCAGGGAUUCCAGAACACUUAUGAUUCUAGUUACGGUCAACAACAGCAGCAGCAACAGCAACAGCAACAGCAACAAUCGCAGCAAUCGCAGCCUCUUCAAGCUCAGAAAACUGGGUUUUCCGCCGCUCUCGCUGGUGUGUCUGAAAACACUGACUUAAAGAUCCCAUCUAUGAGAUUGUCCUUUAUCACCGUCAAUGAUCAGACCAAGUUCGAACAUUUAUUCAGAACUGCGGUCCCCAAGGGCGAGCAGGCCAUCCUGGGUGACUCUGCACGAGACAUUUUGUUGCGUUCAGGCUUGGCUCCAGUCGCUUUAGCGGAGAUAUGGUCUUUGGCUGACACCAACAAGCUGGGCUCGCUUUUGUUCCCGGAAUUCGCCUUGGCCUUGCACUUGUGCAACUUGGCGUUGCGUGGAGAUCCUUUGCCAGGCUAUUUGCCGGAAAAAUGGCAGAAUGAAGUGCAGAGUUUCGUCGAUGCCAUCUCAUUUGCUGUUCCUGAAGACCCAAACAAGAUUUUGGCUAACACGCCAUUUUCAUCGUUUGGAAGCGAACAGAAACCAAACACCGAUUGGAUGUCCAUGGCUCCACAGGCCACCGGUUCUGCUCCGCUUCCUCCAACGUCUUUUGUGGCACAACCAACUGGGGGUGUGCUUCCACCUGCUGGUUCCUUGACUUCUCAGAGAACUGGCGGAGGCACACUUAUUCCUUUACAGCCUCAGCAGACUGCCAGUUUUGUUCCUGCUCAGAGAACCGGUGGCUUGACGAGUCAGACUACGGGCUACCAGCAACCUCAAUUGAAUGCUCAGACGACCGGUUAUCUGGGUCAGCAACCUCAAUUGAAUGCUCAGACGACCGGUUAUCUGGGUCAGCAGCCUCAAUUGGCAGCGCAAAGAACAGGUUCCAUGCCCCCAACUAGCUUCACUGCCCAACCUACCGGAACGUUCCAGAGCCAGGGAACAGGGUACCAGUCUCAGCAGUCCAACUUCCAAUCUCAGCAGACUCCACUUCAGAGUCAGGGAACUGGCUUCCAAGGUUCUGGCUUCCAACCCCAACAAACCGGAAACUUUCAGUCUCAGGUUGGUUUCCAGCCACAGCAAACUGGUGGGUACUUGCAGUCUCAGCCAACUGGCAAGCCUGGUCAGUGGGGAUUUGUUUCGAUGCCUACUGGUGGAAUUCCUGGUUUGAAUGCCAUGCAGCUGCACUUCUUGCCAAGUUCUCAGGCUCCUAGCAAUAAUUUGCAGAACCAAAUGGGAGGUCAUUUGAAAGAGAAUGUGACUUGGUCAAUCACGAAGCAGGAGAAGCAGAUUUACGAUGGCAUUUUUGGUGCUUGGGACACAACUAGAAGGGGCUAUAUUGAUGGUGAAACCGCAAUCUCUAUUUUUGGAAAGUCGGGUUUAGGUCGUCCAGAUUUGGAGUCGAUUUGGAACUUGUGUGACACAAGUAACAGAGGAAAGUUGAAUAAGGACGAGUUUUCCGUGGCCAUGCACCUUGUUUACCGCAGAUUGAAUGGAUUUGAUAUUCCAUUGAGAUUGCCUCCUGAAUUGGUCCCUCCUUCCGCAAAAUAUUUGCAGGAUUCUGUUGACCUGUUGAAGAACUCUUUGAAAGGUGGUGCUUCAAAGAAGGCUGCUGCUCCACAGAAGCCAAGUACAACUGCUUCCAGAUUCAAAAAUGACGAUGAUAAUGUUGGUUACGUCUCAAACUCUCGUCACAGAAGUAGAAGACCUACUGAUCAGCUGCCAAAUGUGCCUAACUCCAACACCAAUGACUUGACCGUUGCUGAUCUCAAGAAAUUAAUUCGCGAGAAGCAAAUUUUGUUGGAUGCUACUGAUCUGGAAGACCAGCAUAACUCCAUUGCCAACAAGCAAGCAAACGAGACGAAUCAGAGACAAAUUGAGUCCUUGAAAUACCAGAUCAAGGAGGUUCAGUCUCAGAUUAAUAAGCUUGCUCUUGGUGGAAGCCCAGCUGAGAAACGUCAUUUAUUGGAUCAGCUUAACAUCCUCACCAAAGACAAAACUCCCGCCUUGGUUGCUAGGGUCUACGAUGUCAAUUCCGAGAUCGCCAAGGUUAAGACACAAUUAGCUAAAGCGCGCUUGCAAAAGGAGUACCCUGACUGGCAGCCAGACAAGGGUGACGAAAUUGUUGGAACAGGUCCAAAUGGUGAGGUUACUCAAAACGACAUUCGUAAAUUCAAGUCCAAGCAAACAUUGAAGAAACGUAUGGCCGAAUUGACAGGAAAAGCUUACUCGGAUGGUUCUAAUGAGGAUGCCGACCUCAAGUUGCAACAAGAGGUUGACAUGGCCAACCAUGAAAGUCAGAACCAGUCUGCUAUCAUCAGAGAUAUCGAGUCUAGUAUUAAGGAGUUGGAGGAUGGAGCUUCUGUCUACUUGCAGGUUUCAGUCAAGACCGAGACUGGUGAGAACAAAUGGGAGAAAGGAGAAGGUGUUAGCAGUGCUAUGAAGCAUUUCAUUGAUGAAUUGAGCGCAUUCUCUCUGGCUCAGGUUAAACAAUCGACUGCUGGCUCUUAUACUAGUCAGCAAACUAAGCAGACUUCAUCGCCUGCUUCGUCAAGUGAUUCUGCACCACGGAAGAGCGCACCUUCGUACAAAACACCAGAGGAAAGAUCUGCGUACAUCAAGUCUCAGGCGGAAAAGAGAAUGCAAGAGAGAUUGGUUAAGCUAGGCAUUUCCAGAAAGAAGACUACUGAUGGUUUUGAAGACUCACAGCAAGAAACCAAAGAGAUUCCAAGAGAAGCUCCAAAAGCUUCUGAGCAAGUGAAGGCUCCUGAACCUGUUAAGGCUCCAGAAGCCCCAAAAGUUCAAAUCCCUGAGCCAGUGGUACAGUCAAAACAACUGCCAGUUCUAACUCAAACCCCAAAGUCUGCUAAUGGACAAGCUGAAAGCGAAUCUGACGACGAGGAGGAUGCCGAAUACGCAGCAUUGUUGAAGCAGAAGCAAGAAAUGGAAGCUCGUAAGAAAGAGAGAGAUCUUAAAAAAAAGAAGGAUAGAGAAGAGAGAAUGGCCAGAUUGAAGCGUGAAAUGGCAGCCUUGGAGAAUGAUGAAUCUGAUGAAGAACCAGCCAUAUCUGUUCCGCUGUACACUCCUACAAACUCCAAGGCAAAGUCAGAGGCCGUUUCUGAGCCAACAACUGCAACUAAGUCUGUUCCAGUUUUUGAGCCCAAAGGGGAGCAGAAUACUGGUGCACCUUCAGCAAGCCAGAGCGUAGCUUCUCAAGAAACUCAGGGCCCCCACAAGAGCAAUCCAUUUGCUAAGUUUUCCAGUAGCGGAACAACUGAUUCUGCUGCAUCCUCUCUGACUCCAGGUUCUAACACCAAUCCAUUCUUCAAGUCUAAGACAGCUGAACCUGUAGACCAGAAAAAGAUCGACGCGCAGCGAGCAUCACAGCGCGGGUUGGGCUCUGAGAGUUGGAGUGAUGAUGAAGCAGGUGAUUCGUCGGAGGAUGAUGAGCCAAACAGAGCGGGAGCUGCCAAAUUGGCCAGUUUGCUUUUCGGAGGUAUGCCUCAACCCCUUUCUAGGGCUACCACCGGUAAUGCUGGGUUUAGUCAACAGAAUCAACCACCUGCUCCUCAGCAAUCGACGGUACAUGUUCCCCAGGCCCCACCAAUUCCUCAGGCCCCACCAGUUCCUCAGGCCCCACCAGUUCCUCAGGCCCCACCAAUUCCUCAACAGGUAACAGCACCAACUUCUGAGGCUCCUCCAAUUCCUGUGGCUCCACCUCAGGCUCCACAGGCUCCUCGUAGUUCCAAUGAGGAAGAAACGUCUUCUGACUCCGAUGACGAGUUUGCCACACCUUCUCCCCCUACUUACCCAUCCGAUGGUCCAGCUCAGGUGUGGCCUGCUCUUUCGCAGGCUCCUCCCGUUCCAUCUGCUCCACCUGGUCCACCACCUGUUCCAACUCAAGUACCACCAAUCCCAACUGGUGUGCCUCCACCUCCACCACCUCCUCCAACUGGUGUGCCACCUCCGCCAUCUUUCAUGUCUGCUCCAUCUGCACCACCUCCACCUCCAUCAAUGGGAGUGAUAGGUUCUACUGGAGGUGCACCCAACAUUGGUGCUUUAUUGGGUCAGAUUCAGGGUGGAAAGUCGUUGAAGAAGGUCGACGAAAAUGAGAAACAUAUCUCAGAUUCUGCUACAGUUGGUCGGGUAUUAUAA